GACAAAUCGGCGUUUUUGAAGAAAUCGCUUGUCAUUCAUUCAGCACAGAAAAGUUUAUUAGAAAUCACAAAACAAUAAUGGCUUUACUUGAUUUUUGCCAGUUGGACCAGAAAAUUAACCUGAAACCCGUAGACGCACUAGCUUCAUUCGAAAAUGAUGUCGUUGGAUACAGUGGAAACUUCUUACACAGCACUCAUCUCGCGACGCCACCGUUUGCAAACCCUGUAGAAACACUUGCGCAAUUCAACCAGAAAGAUGAGACUGGAAAAGCUAUCAAAAUCCAGUUCGACCAUGGUACCACUACUCUUGGCUUCCGUUACCAGGGUGGUGUUCUGCUGGCUGUGGACUCCAGAGCCACUGGUGGCCAGUUCAUUGGAUCCCAGUCCAUGAAGAAGAUUGUAGAAAUCAAUGACUACUUGCUUGGUACACUGGCCGGUGGUGCAGCAGAUUGUGUGUACUGGGACCGAGUGCUGGCAAAGCAGUGCCGUUUGUAUGAGCUGCGCAAUAGGGAGCGUAUCUCAGUGGCCGCUGCCAGCAAGCUGAUGGCCAACAUGGUUUACAACUACAAGGGUAUGGGACUUAGUAUGGGAAUGAUGUUGGCUGGUGUUGAUAAGAGGGGAGCUCAACUGUACUAUGUGGACUCUGAAGGUACGCGCACUCCUGGCAAGGUGUUCUCCGUGGGCUCUGGGUCAGUGUAUGCCUUUGGUGUGCUAGACAGCGGGUACAGCUGGGAUCUCUCCGAUAAGGAUGCACAAGAGCUGGGUCGCCGUGCCAUUUACCACGCGACUCACCGUGACGCCUACUCAGGCGGUAUCGUCCGAGUCUAUCACAUCAGUGAGAAGGGAUGGGUCAACAUCUCCAACGAAGAUUGCUCAGACCUUCACUACAAGUAUGCAGCAGAGAAAGGCAAUGUUGGCGCUUAGAAUUACUGUUUAUAUUAAAAUAAAAUGCGAA